UUUCACCCUCACUUGAGUGACGACGGCAGACGGAUCAACCUCGAAGACAAGACGACGGUUGCGCUCUCGUACACAUUUGGCUAUAAACCAACAAAAUUGAGUAUUGUUGAAUUUAUUGCUAACUUAUCGUGUCGUCGUACUUGAUUUGAAGGCAGUUCUCUCGACAUACAUCGUUUAUAUCGACGUUAUCGGAACAAAGGUUUUCAAGCUACAGUCGACCUGCUUGUGGCUAAAAAAAGAACAAUGGCCAAGAGACCAGACUCACACUCUGAAAUGGCCCAUGCUCGCCAGAAUGAUGGCAUCAAUGUAAUCUUUGACCAAAGGAGCCCGGUCUCAACCCGCUCUCGCUCCCGAUCCCGAUCCCGAUCCGGCAGCAGCUGUGAAAGCAGACGCUCCUGUGGCUCUGGUCACUACAGGGGACGUGGUGUCCACAGGGCACGUUACCGUUCUUCUUCAUCAUCAUCAUCUUCAUCCAGCAGCAGGUCCACCUCGCGCAGGAGGUCCCGCUCUCACCCCCGUUGCCACAGACCUUCCUCCCGCUGUCGCUGUGACAAUCAUCGCAGAUAUGGCCGUGGGCGCAAAUCCCCACCACGGCGCUACAGGGCCCGCUCUCGCUCCUACAGCCGCACGCCCUCGCCAGACAGGUCCUCUCGCAGCAAACACUACAAGUCCCGCUCCAGGUCUUCCAGCCGUUGGAGCAGGUACAGGAGGUCUGUGAGACGGUUUUCCCGAUCCCCAUCCAGAACGUACAGAAGCAACUCCAGGUCCAAACCUUCAGGACAUUCUGCCAACUUCAGUUUGGAUGAGAAAAGAGAAUUCCUCAAAGCUGCCAUUGCCAAUGCUGCGACGAUCCAAGGAGUGGAGAAGGUGGAACUUCCCGAAAGUGUGAAACCAGUCCUGUCAGAGCAGCCGGAGGAGUCCAAACAGGUGUUGGCAGAGACAUGGGUGAGACAAGAAGACCCUGAAAAGACUCCGUCACAGAGCAGUGAGGUGGAGCCUGAUGACAUGUCCAGCCCAAGAAUGUCCCCUAAAAGAAAAAUCAUCUCUUUCAGCAUUAAUAACUCUGUGGUGAAACCAACCGUGGCAGCUCCAUCUGGUGCUAAGGUAACUUCCAGAGUGGACAGCUAUGAAAGCAGGAGACCUUAUGGCCACUGGGUUCCAGUCAAAUCAGGCCAAUCCUCAAAUGCACGCAAACACACACGGGCCACGUCACACUAGUGUGGCAAGAUUUAUGGACACUGUAAAUAUUUUGUAUAUAUUAUUUCAUGGACGAUGUUUUCUUUCAGAUGUGAAAGAGUUAAGUGGGAGAAAUUGAAGAAUUCGUCCAGGUGGGAUUAUUUUUUUGCCUUUUUUGUAUAUAUUGUGCUGAUGAUUCAAUAAAGAUAUUUAUAUAAUAAAAA